CAUAAUUUCAGUGCCAAAAUGCAGUUCCAGUUUACUUCACUGAGACCAUGGAUAUUUUGUGCUAUUGCUCUUCGGUUUUUCAAUGAUGGUGCCGAGGAAUUUUUCAUUGCACCGUCAGCAUGGUAUUAUAUCAAAUCUCUUGGACAAACAAUCACAUUCCUUGGACUUGUUUUAAUGGCUUUCCCAGUCGCCGCUCUUCUUACUGGCUCUAUCGUUGGAAGAUUGGCUGACAGAUUUGGAAACAUUAAACGUAUCAUCAUCAUAUGUUUUGCCAUGAAGUCUGCUGCCUAUAUAAUAUAUUCAAUCCCCGUCUCGGCCUAUUUCCCCCUUGCUGGGAGAUUAUUAAGUGGAUUGGCCGAUGGGUCUGCUGGCGUAUAUUACGGUCAAGUGAUCUUAUACACACCAGAGAAAUAUCGUGCACGAGUUUUUAUUAUUCUGGAUGGAAUGUUUACGUUAGGAUCGCUAUUUGGUCCAACAGUCAGUGUUUUUUUGACAUUCAAUGUCAAUAUUUUAGGCUGGAGAAUUGAUGCUGGUAACUCCCCAGGAAUUGUGCUGGCAUUGAUAUGGUUUGUCUUAAUGUUAAAUGCACUAUGUUUUCCCCAAGAGUUUGGAACCAAGAAGACGACAGAUGAAGAUGAUUACGGCGAUGAUGUUCUACAUACGGAAGAUUCAAGCGACCCAGCAAGUUAUGGCUCUCGCUCUACGGUUUGCUUGUUAUUCUACCUCGUAUUUUUGGGUCUAUUCUUUUCAACUACUGCAACAUUUUACGUUCCUUUGCUUGCACAAGAACACUUCUAUCUUCAGUUUGGUCAUGUCAAAUUACUUUUCCUUGUCAGCUCGAUGUUUUCAAUGGUUGUGUUCCUUUUAUACUAUGUCGCCGCAGAUUAUCUCCAUGAGACCCAUCUGUUAAUUUGUUCAAUGUUAAUGCAAGUCUGCGCCAUAUCCAUAUUAACUUACUUUGCUUUUACUUGGAACAGUGCGUCAGGAGUUGACGAGGGAUAUAUGCUCAUGGUCUACAUCUCUCUUGGGAUGCCAUAUUUUUCAUUUGCCUUGAGUUGUUCGCUUUUGUCUAAAGUCACAGAUCCAAAGGAUGCAGCGUUUUACCAAGGCACGUCAUUUGCCGCACUUCACUCCGGAUUUGUUGUAAGCCGUUUGAUUGCAUCUUUCAUAUUUACUAAGACUAUGUUGUUAUGGUUUUGCUUGGUUCUGGUUUUAUCCUGGACUUUCGGGGUUGUCUGGUUUAUUGUCGAGUAUCGGAACUUAGCACGACCGAAGAAUAAUUCAUAAGGAUAUAUAUGUCAGGGGUCAUCCAAAGAAAAUUUAGGACUGCUUAUUUCUACAUUUAUAAUGAGAGCAGAUUGUGAGGGAGUUGUGAGCUAUGAACUCAUAACGUAUUUCAUGCCUGAAUAGCUAUGCGGGUCAGGAAGGAUACUCGCCUAUAAAACUUUGAAUUUGGCAACCCCAGAAAGGUCUUUUCCUGUGUUUUCAGAACCAAAUUUGGUAUUUUUUUGGCCUUUAAUAUCGGUAUGAAUGCUUAAUUUAUAUCUACCUAAUUAUCAUAUGAAACUCCAAAACUCAAUUUAGGACUGCUCAUUUAACUGCCCAUUUUGGAGAAUGAGGCGCCUUAGGAUGAUCCCUGAUAUAUGUUGUUUGUCUUGUCUGGUAGCUAUAUUAUGCCUGUAUCACGAGUAGGAAUAAUAAAUAGCCAUAUACAGACCUCUCGAGCAUAUAUAUAUUGACUCGUAUAGCUCGUUUUAAUGUCAACUACAAUGCAUUGCAAAUGGUUUAUCUUAAAACAAAUGAUUAUCAUUCACUUAUCGUUUUCAUUCAGUGUGCAAUCUACAAUCAGGAGCAAAAAUUAUUGAGACAACCGCAUAAAUUGCCCCUCACCUCCAAUUCAAUGUUGUGUGAAUGACUGAAAAGAGAAAAUUCAAGCCACUUUUUCCAACAUUGAUCAUGGGGGCAGGGGGGAGGCCUACGUGCUUUAAAAUGGCCAAAAAUGUGAAAAGUCUCAUUAUUUUUGCACGCGAUUGAAUCAGGAGCAAAUAUUAUUGAGACAACCGCAUAAAUGCCCAUAAAUGCCUCAUUAUUUUUGCACGCGAUUAUAGGUACAUUUGGAAAUUAAUUUUAUUCUGUUUCGGCCUGUUCACGAGAAGCGGUGUCACAGCGGAUAGCAUCCCCCAUUGUUCAAAGUCAAGAUGGUAGAAUUUAAAGCAUUUGUUUGGAGAAAGAUAAGUCUAUCCUUGUGACAACAACAAAUCUCUUGGAAGCCCUGGUUAACCUUAUAUCAUGCAGAUUGUUAUUGAUGUAUUUGAUGCCAACUAUCCUCACUCUAUAUUUGAUAUGUUUAUGGCAAAUAGCCUAAUUGGACAUUUCUAUUACAAAUUGCUUACUUUAUCUGAUUGCAACAAUAUUUAUCCCAUUUGGAACUGGAGUUUAUUUAAGAUAGAUCUGUAGAUAAAAAAUGUCUUAAUGAAGAAAAGACUGAAGCCUAGACUGGUGCGAUUAUAAUGGAUGUUAAUCUCGCAAAUAUGGCGUUGUAUUUUACUGCCAUAUUAAUAACUGUAUAUGAAAACGUCUGAUAUGAACAAUUUGCAUUCAUUUGUUAUAUUUGCAUGUUCUAAUGUAGAAUAUUUUAAUGUAUUACACAGCAGACCUUACAAGGCCGUUUUCAUAUUGAUAUUGUGUACAUU